AGGUUAUAAAAUGUCCUCCUAUGCUUGAGACCUACAGACUACGUGUACUACAGGAGCUAAUCAAUGGUUUUUCAUCUCCUGGAAAUAUAUUAGAAACAUAAAUAUGGUGCCAAAAGAACUCCUUACCUUUCCCUGACUGCGAUUUAUUUGGACAUACUUUUGUAUCGGAGAGAAGUGUACACACUGAGGCUGCUUGCUGUACAGAGACUCUGUCGUGUAGGAUCAUGGACCAUCCUAGUAGGGAAAAGGAUGAAAGACAACGGACAACUAAACCCAUGGCACAAAGGAGUGCACAUUGCUCCCGACCUUCUGGCUCUUCAACAUCUUCUGGGGUUCUUAUGGUGGGCCCCAACUUCAGGGUUGGCAAGAAGAUAGGGUGUGGGAACUUCGGAGAGCUCAGAUUAGGUAAAAAUCUCUACACCAAUGAAUAUGUAGCAAUCAAACUGGAACCAAUAAAAUCACGCGCUCCGCAGCUUCAUUUAGAGUACAGGUUUUAUAAACAGCUUGGCAGUGCGGGUGAAGGUCUCCCACAGGUAUAUUACUUUGGACCAUGUGGGAAAUACAAUGCCAUGGUGCUGGAGCUCCUUGGCCCCAGCUUGGAGGACUUGUUUGACCUCUGUGACCGAACAUUUACUUUGAAGACGGUGUUAAUGAUAGCCAUCCAGUUGCUUUCUCGAAUGGAGUAUGUGCACUCAAAGAACCUCAUUUACCGAGAUGUCAAGCCAGAGAACUUCCUGAUUGGCCGACAAGGCAAUAAAAAAGAGCAUGUUAUACACAUUAUAGACUUUGGAUUGGCCAAGGAAUACAUUGACCCUGAAACAAAAAAACACAUACCUUAUAGGGAACACAAAAGUUUAACUGGAACUGCAAGAUACAUGUCUAUCAACACGCAUCUUGGCAAAGAGCAAAGCCGGAGAGAUGAUUUGGAAGCCCUAGGCCAUAUGUUCAUGUAUUUCCUUCGAGGCAGCCUACCCUGGCAAGGACUCAAGGCUGAUACAUUAAAAGAGAGAUAUCAAAAAAUUGGUGACACCAAAAGGAAUACUCCCAUUGAAGCUCUCUGUGAGAACUUUCCAGAGGAAAUGGCAACCUAUCUUCGAUAUGUCAGAAGAUUAGACUUCUUUGAAAAACCUGACUAUGAGUAUUUACGGACCCUUUUCACAGACCUCUUUGAAAAGAAAGGGUACACCUUUGACUAUGCCUAUGAUUGGGUCGGAAGGCCUAUUCCUACUCCAGUAGGGUCAGUUCAUGUAGAUUCUGGUGCAUCUGCGAUAACUCGAGAAAGCCACACACAUAGGGAUCGGCCAUCACAACAGCAGCCUCUUCGAAAUCAGGUGGUUAGCUCAACCAAUGGAGAGCUGAAUGUUGAUGACCCCACGGGAGCCCACUCCAAUGCACCAAUCACAGCUCAUGCCGAGGUGGAGGUAGUGGAGGAAGCUAAGUGCUGCUGUUUCUUUAAGAGGAAAAGGAAGAAGACUGCUCAGCGCCACAAGUGACCAGUGCCUCCCAGGAGUCCUCAGGCUCUGGGGACUCUGACUCAAUUGUACCUGCAGCUCCUGCCAUUUCUCACUGGAAGGGACUCCUCUUUGGGGGAGGGUGGAGAUCUAAACCAAAAAGAAGAAAACAGAUGCCCCCAGAAGGAACCAGUGUGGCAGCCAGGGCCCAAUGGGUCAAUGGCCAUCCUUGCCUGCCUAAGGCUCUGAGCAGGUCCCAGAGCUGCUCUUCCUCCACUGCUUGCCCUUGGGGCUGCCUGGUUGACUCUCCUUCCCAUUGUUUACAGUGAAGGUGUCAUUCACAAAAACUCAAGGACUACUAUUCUCUUCCCUCCUCUUAGUUUACUCCUGGUUUUUGCUCCACAGCUCUCUCCAGCAUAAAAGCUAGUGAGCUAAAGGCUUUGUCUGUGGAAGGAGCUCAAGAGACUGGGGGUGAGGCCAAGAAGGCAGGAGGAAGGUGGCAGACCUGGACUGGAGAAGAACUUUCUCCACCUCCCAGGUGUGUCUGGGAAUAUGGUUUCCUCUUCCUCUGUGCCUAUGCAGCAUCCAUCCCAGCUGGCCAUGGGGUUCAGGUUCCCCCCUCCCUCCCUCCUGUGAAGUUACACUGUAGGACACAAGCUGUGAGAAAUCUGCAGUCUACUGUCCCCGUGUGUUGGCAUUCUUAGCUUUCUUGACAAGUGAACUCUUUUUUCCAAGUGGUAGUAGGACAAUGCACAUUGUUCUGAGCAAAGGAAAGAAAACUGACUUUAUUGCACUUUUAGUUUUGUUUUUUUUUUUAAACAAAAACAUGGCAGAUGCAUAUUGUGUCUGAUUAUAUUAGGGGUUUUACUUUUUUCUGUUUUGAGGGGUAUGGGGCCAGCCAAGCCAUUCAGAGAGAAUGUGGGUCCAGAGGACAUUCUCAGUGGAAAAAGUUUGUUUUGCAGCACCCAGAAGAGAAGAAGCCAAACUCUAUGUCAUUCUGAGUGAACACUCAGGUUGGCAAGAAAACAUACUUGAAUUUUUAUUCAUCUUCUCAGCUGCUGAAGAAUGUUCCUACCAGAGCAUCUUGACCUAAUAAACCUACAGUUUGAAAUCCUAGCUCUCCAGCACAUGGGAUGAGCCAACCGAGCCAGACUGUGACCAGAAGACAGCUCAUCCCAGAGAAGGAGAUCCUUAACAAAAACAUUCAAAAUUAUUUUCUCCACUGCCAGGGCCUCCAGCUAGACAGCCCUGUGACUUCCUGGUGACUUAGGGAUAAAAUUAGUGAUGAAACAGCCACCACCAUAAUUGCCACUAGGACAAAAAGAGGAGGACAGUGAACCUGCCUUUCAACUGCCAGAGGAGCCUUAGGGUGUGGCACCAUAGGACGAGGAAAAGAAAAUCAGUGUGUCCUGUCUGCCCCAAGAGAUGAGUUGUAGCAUUUGGGCUGUUCUGCCUCAUCAUAAACCAAGCUUAUGAAGAUCUCCCAGCAGGUCCCUAGCAGCAGGCUUAGGACUCAGUACAUGGGGCUGCAGUGAACGAGAGAGUAACAUUGGUUGGUGCUGGAAAAUUCCAGGGAAAAGGAGACUGAAAUGAGAGGUCUGAAAUUAUUUUCUCAAUUGGACAUAGACUCCUUCUAAAUAAGAUGGCCAUUCAUCUAAGCAUGUCCUCCCUCAUAUGCCCUCCUCUUCCUGCCAUGGUGGAUUCAUAUAAGGUACUACCAUGAAGGGUCUUGGCUCUUCAUUCACUGUUUGAAAAGCCAAUAGGAUGUGGAGUUACCUCUUCUGAUGCUCAGUUUUCGUUUGAGUUUAGUGGCUUAUCCAAACAGUGACUCCUCAUUCUAAAUAUGACAGAAGAGAAAGGAUUAUUUAUAUCAGGGAAAGGGGUGUUCACAUAUCUGGGAGUAGAGAGCUAACCGUGGAGGACCGUGGCUGGUCACUUAGUCUGGUGGUUUGUGAAGCACAGAAAUCUUCACUUCUGGCUUGAGGUGUAAGGCUCUCUUUUGCACUGGAGGAUGUGGGGAUAUUUUCUGGUAGUGGGCAUUUCCUGACAUGUCCCUCGAUAUACCUUACUCAGAGCAAAAGUAGCAGCAUUAGCACGGAUCAGA